AUGAAUAAUAGUAUAAUAGCUAUAGAUAUAUUACCAUGUAAUGAUGGCAAAGUGAUAAUGUAUGGUGCUCCUGAUAAAGACGCAACAGUCAAAUUAUCUGGUAAAUUACGCAUCGUCCUUUCAAAACCACUUAAAACAAAAUUCGUCGCAAUACAAUUGAAGGGAAAAUCGGAAUUUUCCGACUGGGAGAACCAAUACUCUUGCAUAAACGUUGCAAAAUACGAAAACAUAAUUCGCGAAAAGUUUACUUUACCACUUGGUGUAACCGAUUUGGAUUACGAAUUUGAAUUACCUGCCAACAUUCCUCAAACAUAUGUCACCCCUUUUGGUCUAAUAAAAUAUAAAUUGGUUGCAACAGUUCAGCCAGCUUCGCUCUUAACAAAAUAUGGAAGAGUCGAAAAACCAAUCACUUUUCACCGACAUUAUUUACCCUGCAAAAGAGAUCUGUUGCCCGCUCCUCCCACAAAAGUCUAUAAAGGUCAACGGAAAGAUAUUCUAAAAUAUGAGUUGGAUGUGCCUACUAUCACGUGCAUUGAUGACAAAUCAAUACUGGUUAGACUCAGAUUAUUGCCUUUAACAGAUCAAGGAAAGAUUGAAAAAGUUUCUUUUGAUAUGAUACAAUCUGAAAAAUAUAGAAUUCAUCCAACUAACCAAGAUCUUCGAGAUUUUGCUAUUGAUGGCGCUCAACUUGUUGGUAAUGUUCAAUUAAGCGGCUCAUCAUCUUUAAAGCGUGUGAGAUCUCAUCCGAUAAAACCAACCACAUUGAAUAUCCACCACGAUGAUGAUUGUUGGAAUUCUCCUUUAACUUGCAACUUGCCAUUCACUAGUCAUGCUAUUUCUGAUUCUGACUCAAGCAAAAAAACAAAAUUAAAGGCUUCAAUAAAAAAAUUGACUUUUCCUAUUACUAUUACCACUGUACCUGAAAAAAAUGAUUUCGAUGGUGGUUUACCUUCAUACGAUGAUAGAUAUCAUAAACUUCGACAAAAGAAAAGCCAAAAUUCGUUGGCACAAUCUUUAGGCAAGUUAUUGUUAAGGUCUGAUAGUAAAUCUAAAUCCAAAUCUAAAUCAUCAACACCAAGUAUAUCAGCUUCAACAUCUCCAAAAACAUAUUCACUCACCUCUUCCUCUUCCUCAGACUCAACAUCAUCAUUAGCAUCAUUAGCAACAACCGAUCAAUCAAGUGAUAACGAUGAUGAUAAUCCAGAAAUUCGUUCAGCUCCUUCAAGUCCACUUCAAAGUAAAUUUCACGGUAUUGAAUUCAAUAUUUCAUUACCAAGCCCUACUUUGGGAUUUUAA